CAAUGUCUCCCCACAGUCCAAAGUCUCGUCAGUGUUUUUCUAGUUGUUUGUAGACACAAAGUAUCAAUUUUUAGACCCUAAUGAUGGUCGAAAUAUUAAGAUAUGGAUGAACUUAGCACGGAUUCGUAGAUGAAAAACACCGUCGCGUUCAAUAGUUUUUUCUCUGUGCAGUAUUGUUUAUUUCCAGUCGGUGUGAACGUGCCCUUCGCCCCUCUAUCUACGGUCUACAGUGCGCCAUUGAAAUCCACGUCUGUCAGAGCUCAAUACGCUCCUUUGGAACUUUCAACAUCCUCCAGUUGACCAGAACUCUUUAGUUUACAGCAUAUGUAGCCUCUAUAUCAUUUGUGCGUAGUUCCUGCGAGCAAAGUUAUUUAAAGCAUGACUGAAAGCGUCGAAGUUGCAUGACAUGCUUAAAUGUGAUGUUUUUGCCACUCGGCGGUUUUAAGUUUAGCAUCGCUAGGUUGCAAACUCCUGUCACGUUUGUGUACGUUAACGUUACUUGUAAGUAGCCAGCUUGUGUCUGAACACUGCUGCAGCAGGUUAUUUGUUGACGUUUUAAUGUAUUCCCAUACGUAGCUAAACGUUUUAAUCGUUCAACAAUGACGGGGACGUCUGUAUAGUAAAUUACGCCAGUUGACAACAGCCAAGGAUCUCUGUAAGCUAGCUAGCCUGCUAGCAAGGAUAUUCCUCUGAGGGGCGUUUACCGUUGUCGGAGUGCGAAACUAGUCUGCAACAGUAUAGUCCGAUAGCUACUCAGUUACCUAAUACGUUUAUCUAGAUGGGCUAUCUCUUCAGCUUGCUGUUUCGUCAGGCUGCCUUUGCCAUUUUUUGCUGUCAUUUACGCUACAGUGGAUAUCCGGCAAGUAUAACUGGCUACUUAUGUUUAUGCUGAAGUGACCUUGACUUUCAAGAGAGCAGUUUAGAAGUUUAAGUUUGUAAACUCGGACCGAAGGGCGCAACGAUUAUGUCCCCCCAUGUAGCUGGCACCAGGGCUGUUAAGCGAACAAAUGAGUAGCUGACUUGCCAAGAUAUUGCUUGUCAUGACAGCGGGAAAAGGUUUACUUGCUUGCUUCAUAGUGUUUAAUCAUGCCGAGAGACCAGCGACACGACGAUCACGACGUUGGAAACUAAGUGGAGUAACAUUAGCUAUAUUGUAAAUGAUUGUGCCAUAUGAUUGUCCCCUUAUGGAAAUUAUUUAGACAACAAGUUCGUUUUGAAAGCAGGAGGAAUUGAAAAAUGGAUCGAGGUGGACUGAAGCAUAACCCUCGGGAUAACAGCUUUGUUUUUAGCGAGCAGGCAGGAGAGGUAGGGUUUGUGAAUGAUAUUGGAAAAAGCGCCAGAGUUCAAGUGCCCCCCACGGAUGACUCGUCCAACGGCCUGAACAGCAGCAACCUCCAGAGGGACCGUGCUGCUAUUGGGCUGGGGCCCAGGGGGCGCAGGGCAGUGGAGGGCACCCAUGUUAAGGAGAUUGGGAAACUGUUAAGGAUUCAGUCCAUGCAAUCUCAUCAGGACGCACUGGGUCCCAUGAACAUUGGAGACAGCUUCUCUCUCUUGGACGAGACUCUUGCUGAUUUAAACAGCUCGUCCACUUCAGGGACGUCCAAUACCAGAGAAUUGGAUCCUUUUCACAUCAAGACAGAGGAUCUUUCUCCUGCCAUCGAUAAAGACAGACAAGAGGGGCUGGUGGAGAAAGAUUCCGACCUGGGUGAAGCCACACUGGAUAUCCUGCGUCACCUGGACCUGCCGGGCUCACUGACCGAACUCAGUGAGUUGUACGUGGCAGACGAGGCUGCCUUCCUUUCCUCCUUGGCUGUGGACGAUGCAAUGCUUGGGGACAGUCUGGUGAAAGAAAAGAAGUCUGGUGAUGGGGGUGUUGGUGGAGGCUGUGUGGGCAAUGGCAGCGGAGGUGUCGGCUGCAACGGAGGAGGCUGCGCUGGUGUGAACGGCGCCGACACGCGGCCGCAACACCGGCCGCCAGGGCAGCAGCCCCAGCCUCUCAUGCAGUCACCCUCCAUGAACAUGCCUGUCAUAAAAACUGAGAAAGACGCUGGCUACAUCCAGCUGUGCACGCCUGGAGUUAUUAAGAUGGAGAACGAGAACCGCAGCUACUGCCAGAUGUCGGGGCUGGACAUGGGCAGCUCUCACACGGCCCCCGCCGGAGGCUUGAGCACCAUGCCUGCCCAGGGGUACUGCUUCGGAGCCAGCGUGCCCCCGCUGAGUAUGCACAACGAGCACGCCACCGGCGUGCCACAGGAUCAGAAGCCGGUGUUUGGCCUCUACCCACCGCUUGCCUCCCUGAAUGACAUCUGGAGCAGGGGCAAUGGGUUUGGAGAGCCCUCUGGGAUGCAGAGGUCCAGUGACGGAGGCCCGACCACACCCACGUACCCUGUGACCUUCAACAGCCCUGGCAGUAGAGCUGAAGCCAACGGAUCCGGCGGGGCGGCGGCUAAAUCCGGUGGAGCGGCUCACAAGAUCUGUCUGGUGUGCUCCGACGAGGCCUCCGGCUGCCACUACGGCGUGCUCACCUGCGGCAGCUGCAAGGUGUUCUUCAAGAGGGCUGUGGAAGGAUGGAGAGCGCGACAAAACACGGAUGGACAACACAACUAUCUGUGUGCCGGACGCAAUGACUGCAUCAUCGACAAGAUCCGGAGGAAAAACUGUCCUGCCUGCCGCUUCCGGAAGUGUCUACAAGCCGGCAUGAAUCUGGAAGCCCGUAAAAACAAGAAGCUCAUCCGGUUGACACGGCAGCAGAGUGGCGGUGACACACCGCGGCCCCUGCCGGACGAGCGGCAAUGUGCCCUGGUGCCCAAAUCCAUGCCACAGCUGACGCCCACCAUGCUGUCACUGCUCAAGGCCAUCGAGCCCGAGGUGAUGUACUCGGGCUACGACAGCACCAUCCCCGACACGUCCACCCGCCUCAUGACCACCCUCAACCGUCUCGGAGGCAAGCAGGUCAUCUCCGCCGUCAAGUGGGCCAAGUCACUGCCAGGCUUCAGAAACCUGCACCUGGACGACCAGAUGACGCUGCUGCAGUGCUCCUGGCUCUUCCUCAUGUCCUUCGGCCUGGGAUGGAGGUCCUACCAGCAGUGCAGCGGAGGCAUGCUCUGCUUCGCCCCCGACCUCGUCAUUAAUGAGGAGAGGAUGAAGUUGCCCUACAUGAGUGACCAGUGUGAGCAGAUGCUGAAGAUCUCCAGUGAGUUUGUGCGGCUGCAGGUCUCCUAUGAGGAGUACCUCUGUAUGAAGGUCCUACUGCUCCUCAGCACAAUACCAAAGGACGGGCUGAAGAGUCAGGGUGUGUUCGAUGAGAUCCGCAUGUCCUACAUCAAGGAGCUGGGAAAAGCCAUAGUGAAGCGCGAGGAGAACAGCUCCAGCCAGAACUGGCAGCGAUUUUACCAGCUCACCAAGCUGCUCGACACCAUGCAAGAGAUGGUGGAGGGCCUACUGAACUUCUGCUUCUACACGUUUGUGAAUAAGUCCCUGAGCGUGGAGUUCCCCGAGAUGCUUGCCGAGAUCAUCAGCAACCAGCUACCAAAAUUCAAAGACGGGAGCGUCAAGCCCCUCCUGUUCCAUCAGAAGUGACUGCCUUAGACCAUGACACAAUGCCUUAAUAACCACCCACCCCAGGCCAGCUAACACCUGUACACACACACACACACACACACACACACAAACAUACGUGCGCACUAUCACGUCCAAACCACCCCGCCACCUGGAAGAGACCUGUCCAACUAUUCCCACCUCUGUGAUGGACAGAGGUGGAUGAGAAGCUUUUGUCUGUCCCUGGAGGGGGGGGGGGGGUCUUCACUCCACUGAGGGGAAAAUAAGCUUUUACUUAAAAAAUAAAUAAAAAAAAGACAGAAUAAGCCCCUUUAAAUUUUUCUUUUUGUAGCGCUUAAAUCAUGUCAUACUCACACAUCAUCUUUUAUUGAAGAAAAAAAAACAGCUACAUUUUAAGGACAAACAAACACGAAAGGAAUAUUAUUUUUGAUUGUCUGUUGACUUUAUGCAUGUACACUGCUGAAAUGUUUACAGUAUAUCAGUAACAAAAGGGAAGACGUGCCUUUUCUCAGCUUUGCAAUUCUGACCUCAGACGUUUCUGCUCCCCUGUCUGAGGCAAGUAAAAUGCAUACAUCCUAGUAAUGUUUGUGUGUGCUACCCUGUCUUGCCAUUUUCCCCCCUUUUUAAAAGCAGGCAGCUGCUCAGUCCUCAUAUGUUAUGUAGCAGUAACUAACCCAUGUACAGUACAGUGCAGGAAACUCAGCCUGGGGGCAUCAACGGACUCACAGCAACCCCAGCCCCAACCCACCCUGCCACACAUACCCCCAGCACCUCACCACCCUCCCCCAUUUCAAGGCCCCAAGGCCUCGGGAACCAAUCAGAUGACAGAACGGAGUGACUUCAUAGGCUAAUCCCCUCAUGCUUCACUCAGCCACAGGUGCUGUGCUUAAAUGCCAUUCCCAAGCACAGGUAGGGUUAGAUCCCUGCUCUCCGCCGACAGCAGCCUGUGGUACACAGCUUAGAGGCCCCCCCUGUAGCACAGUGUGAUGGAUGCUGGGACUACCCCGAGGACAGACGCAGCAGUGAGAAAAUGACGUCUGGUGAUGACCUUAUUCGUGUUUUUAAGCCGUCCAGACGAAUCAGGUGCGGCGUGGGCGUGGCCUCCAACUGGCGCAGGGAAACUCGCUCCCCUAGUUCUCAUAGCGUUUCUCAUCCCGAGAGUGGAGUGUGUACCGUGUGAAUGUGCGUGUAAGUGAGCGAUAGAUUUGCUACUGCCUUCUAACACCUAGCUAAUUCAUUGGUGUCUGUGUGUGUAUGUGUGUGUGUAAGGACACACACUCACACAAACCAAGUUUCCUAAGGUGUGAUGUGUUUUUAAAACCUACAGUGUGUUACAUUUUUACUCUUGAGGCGGGGAGAUGGAACACACAACUCAACUCUUGAAGCCUAUUUUUAGAAAGUAAUUUGUGUGAUUUUUCGUUGACCCUUUCAUACACACACACACACACAUACACACACAUUUCCCCAUUUCAGCAGUUGUCCACCAAUCACAGUCACUAGGUGCCAAAUCACUGUUUUUAAACACUCUCAUGACCUUAAAGGACAAGAUGGUAUUCUUCUUUCCCAGUUUGUUCAGUGUUGUACACAGAACUACACAUUUUUACAUUUAGUAAUUUAGCAGACACUUUUAUCCAAGGCGACUUACAUACACAUUUUACAUUUUACACUGAUGGCACACUGCACAUCAGGAGCAAUUAGGGGUUCAGUGUCUUGCUCAAGCUCGAACUAGCAACCUUCUGAUUACUAAACGACUUCUCUACCUCCUGUACCACUGUCGCCCCUAAUGAUACAUAUGUAUCCACAGGUACAUUCUCAUUCAGGGUUAAUGUAUGCGAGACGAGUUUUUUGUUUGUUGGUUCGUUUUACUUUGUCUUGUUUAGUUUUUUUAUUUCGUUUCGUUGUCGAGACACACACCAGCCAAGGUAAAUGAUGAACACUAGCACACCUAGCACCUGUUCAUCAGCACAUCUCUAUGGUUAUCGCUCACGGGGCAGAGCAUCAUUCCGCAGGACUCUGUGGUAUUCCUCUCUGGUGCUUUUUUCGCAGCCUGUAACCAGCAUACUUUUACUUUUUACAGUUAUGCCUCUGGAUCCAGUGUGCUCCUUUACUCGUAUCCAACGAAUUCACUUCACACCAGCUAACGGCACGAGAUAAGCCAAAUAUUCAUGAAAUGCUUUCGUUUUUUUUUUUUCGGUCUCGGUUUUUUGGUAAACAUAGGAGUCAUCCCUUGCAUCCCCCCCCAAGCUACUGUUUGAGCUCCAAGAGUGUAUGCCUCUGAGUGUAUGCCUCUGUCCCCCCACCCGCCUAUUCUCAUCGGUCUCAUGUCACAACUAAUUAAGUUGGAAGUGUCAGAAGCCUCUCUCUCUCUCUCUCUGGGUCUGGUGAAGCACUGUCUCAGUGGUGAAACCCGAGGCUCCAUGUUCUGGGGGUUUAUUGAGGAUUUGGUUCCGUGUGGGCCAUGUCACAACAAUUGAUUCCUCAUCUCUGAAAAAUCCCCCCAGCUGUUUACAUCUGUGAGCUUUCAGGAAGUCUGUGUCAGUAUGCCAGGUUUUUUGAGAAGGGUGCUUUAGCUCUGGGUAUUUCUUUCCUCCUCUUUCCUUUUUUUUUUGUUUUUGUUUUUGUUUUUUUUUGUUUUGUUUGUUAUUUCCUGUCAGGUGUGACAUUACCUCAGAAGGUGCUUGAAGAGUGCAGUCAUGCUUGCAUGGAGAAACCGGCCUCUGUGUGUUCUACACACGCAUCUUCAUCUUUGCUCCGCCUCACCCUGCCACCACCACUCCUCCUCUUCCUCCUCCCCCACAUAACAUUGAGUUGCCAUAACAACAUAGAACAUAUCCCAUGUCAUAGUACACAGCAUAUUUUAUGAGAUAAUAGUUUUACAGGGACAGAAUGACAGAUUUAUAUUUUUUCUUUUUCUCUUGCUAAUUGUUCCACCCACUUUAGGCCUUGAGAAAGGGAGUCAGAGAGCCAUAGAAUUCAGAUGUAUAUUUAGGAAAACUUUAAGCUUGUCAACAAUCUUGUUUUAAAGAAAGGAAAAAAAUAUUUGACAUAUGUAAUUUGAAAAUUAGAUUGAUCCUCUUUGAUAUAAAUCAUUUUACUAUAAUGAAAGUAAUUUUAAUACAUAAGAAAGAUGAGAAAUAUGUUUGGUCUAUUGUUCUUUUUUUGUUUGUGUUUUGACAAAGAUAGCUGUAUUGCAAAUGUACCUUGAAAAGUGUUAACCUGUGGUCUGAUGUGUAAAGUAAAUGUAAAUUCUUUUAAUCAAUAGGAAAGACUUUUAAGAGCGAUCACUGUGUCUAGAAAUAGUGAGCAGGUAUAGGGAAGGGUGAAGUGGAUUGGAGUAUAUUUUGUAUGGUGCAACAGUGUGACCAAAGCAGAAAGGAGGAAAAAAACAGAAGUAUUUAAGCAGAUUCAUAAACAGUAGCAUUUAUUAUCCAACUCUAGUACUUACCAUCUUUUAUAAAUCUUUUUUUGUAAAGGUUUAGGCUUUGGUCUCAUGUAUAUUGCUGUGAAGAUUUAACUAGUGUCUUCGGGAGGAAUUCAGAAAGAAAAGAACGUGUGAACGUAAUUAACAGAGCCUGAGAAUUUGCACUACCCUAAUAGUGGUCGGAAAGUCUAUUUUGUAAAAAAUACAUGCAAAUAUUAUCUAUAAAGAUUAAGGGCAGACCAUAUUUCACUGGUAUACGGCUUUCAGUAAAGUCUGUUUUGUUUGUAUUUCAGUUAUGUAAAUGUAAUCCAAUGUAAAGAAUAUCCAAUGUCUAUUUGUUUAAAAAUAGUUUUGUAUUACUUCUGUAUCACACCUAUGUAGUCUAUGUCAAUCUUUUCACCUAUCGGAUUAAAUGUUGAACUAAAGUCA